CGGCCCCAGCCACAUCCCCCAAGUGCGACUAGCUAAAUUUUGGGAUUUUUUUCGGUGUGCUAAAGCUAAAUAGCCAAGUACCAGAAGAUGCAGCCGAUAGACGCAGCGAGGACGAAGGUUGUCGCCUGUGUUCUUUUAGUGUUUGUUGUGGCGAGUCAAGCCACUGGACAAUAUGAUGGACGAAGCGUCGACGGCGUGGUGGAGGGUCCACGAGUCGAGCGUAUGCAUCCGGAAGUGUCGAGCGACUGCAUGGGCUCGAAUUGUCUGACGCAAAAUUCCGAGGGACCUGUGGGUGCCAUGUGGUUUGGUCCCCGACUCGGCAGGCGUCGCCGAUCCGAGUACAAGUAUUCGCCGAAAAAGCUCGAGGCUCUCAGCGAAAUUCUCGCCUCGCCCAAUUAUGGAUUUACGCCUGACCGCGUAAGCAACGACCUACCAUCCGUCUUGGCACGAUCACUAGGCGGCGAUGAUAAGCGUCAGGAUGGACCGUUCACUCCACGACUUGGUCGCGAACUAGAAGAGGCUGUGAACGCUUAUGGUUUCAUCAGAAGCAUACUCAACCGUGUUGACGAGCCAACGGACAAGGAUAACAGCGAUCAGCAACAACCACCGCCGAUGUUUCCACCGAGACUUGGACGCAAUUUGCGCAAACUUCUCAGACAACUGCAGAUGUAAUCGAACGGAAACGAAUUUCAGUUUUCUUUAUUUUCUCUUAUUUUCUAUUAAUUUUUUUUUUUAUUAUGAUUGUGUCCAUUGCAAUUGAUAUGGAACCGUGAAGAAUAACAGAGACGGAGGACCGAUUCUAUUGAAAAAAUUCUGAAAUAUUUAUGGGGAUACAAAGGGAAUUGUUUGGAUUAUUUUUCACUAAUUGAUUGGUCUGAUUCGAGCGUAGAUUGCGAUAGCUCCAGAUUUUCUUGAAGUUUGGUGGUAGUUUGAUCUUAAUGAAUAAAAAUGCAAAAAAAAAGAUUAAAAGAUCGGUUUAUUAAAUUUGUUAAACACGCUUUUAUUUAGUCUUCUUAUUUCAUUUUAUGAUGAAAUAAACUUUGUGUAUGUAACAUUGAUGAUUAAAAAGUCUGAUGAACAAACGCGGUAAAUAGCUUAAAUAAUGACCAAUACUUUAAUUUUGAAAUCUAAUUGUUAUUAGAAUAAAUUAACACUAUUUGUUUAUAAAAAAUAGCUUUCAUCGACUCAAUUCUUAAAAUAAUUUUAUCCAUUGAAGCCUGUAGAAAGUAUAUCUAUUUAUUGAUUUCCAAAAUUGCUUAAUAAAUAUUAUUAUUGCUUAGUAAAAUUACUGAAUAAUUAUUUUGUAAACAAUAAAGAAUGCUAUCUAAAUGUACAAAAUAACAAUAAUAAUGAUGAUCCAAUGAAUUUUAAUUCGAUUGAUGAAAGAAAAUUGUUGAA